UUUUUUUAAAAACUUUGUAUAAUAUCCCAACGAGAAAAAGAAAAGAAACUGACACAGCAAUCGGACUAACAGACUAACAGAAGCAUCGAAAUGGCUUACGGUCGGCAUUUUGGCUUGGGAAAUGUCUACUUGAUGAAAGCUAAAGGAAACAAAUUCAAAGUUGGAAGUUCUAGAAAACCCAAGCAACGACUGAAGCAAAUAAAAAGAAAGAAACCAAGUACAACAUUGCAAAGAUCGUUCUCUGCCUGGGAAAUGAAUGGAGCAGAGUCAGCAGCUCAAAAAGCCUUACUCAAAAAGGGCUUCAAGAAGGUCAAAAGGGGGCCAACAGAAUGGUUUAGGAAGAAACCGUCGACCUCGUGGGUGAAUACGGAGAAAAUUGUUCAGAAUUCUGUUUAUCGACACAACAGUAAACAGAAGAGAAUAUUGGAAGUGGCAUGUCUUAUGUAUUUCCUGCAAUGAGAAUAGCGAGAGCAUGCCAUUGCUUUAAGUUGUGAGAAAGUUUGCCUUAAUUUGAUGGUAUUGAAGUGAUAACAUUGCAUACUUAUUUGCAGAAAGUAAUACAUGUUUGACAUGAGACAUGUUUCCUGUUUUCAACUUGAUCAUUUUCCGUGUUAGAAAAAAAUAAAGUUUCUGCACAGUAUUUAAUUAAAUAAACACAAUUUUUCUCUUUA